ACCCUGCCACUGGGUUUCUCCUCUCUCUCUUUCAGUUGCAGUAGUAGACUGUGGGAGAAUUCCUAUUACCUGUGCUAAUUACCUCCUUCAAUUUCUUGCUGCUUUCAAACCCUCUCAACUAAUGGUUGGUCGGAAGUUCGACGAACCCACCGCAUCUCGCACCCAGAAGGCGUUAGUUCGUUUGGCGUCGAUUGAUCCAAUCGAUUUGUGCAAUGAGGCUAAAGUAGAGCGGUGUAGGGCAACUAGGGAUUUGAGAAGCUGCGGCCGCAAUGUACAAAGGAUUCUUAACCCCUGCGGCCAUGCUGCUUUGUGCGACGAAUGCAGUCAAAGAUGUGAGGUUUGCCCCAUUUGUCGAAUGUCCCUGCCAAAGGGGGGAAAUGAGCUUCCCCUUCGCCUUUAUUACGAAUGUAUUGAGGCAGGUCUUAUUUCUAAGAGGUUUGAUGAUAGAUUGAGAGAUAAAGAGGAUACUGCGAAUCAACUUGUUGCUGAUGUUCAACGCUUGUAUUCGCUCUUCGAUGUCACCUUGGAGAACAACCUAGUUUCCUUGAUUUGCCAUUAUAUUACAGAUGUAUGCAUGGAUGAAAGUGCUGUAUCAAGUGAUCCUGUCACUGCACUUUUGCUUGACGAGAAGGUUGUCAAAGACUGGUGCAGGCGGACUUUCGAAAGUAUUUUGAAGGAACUCAAUGCAAUAUAUAGUCAAACAGCAUCAGAGAUGAAAAAUCAUUUAAGUUCUCUCCUGAAAAUUUCUUCAAAGCUAGCAGGCAUGUCAAAUGUUCUUGAAGUGUUGGAGUCUUCAUUCAGAGGCUCUAUUUCAGUCAUGCUUCAGGACCUUAAUCAUCUUCAAGAGAGUAUAUUGAAGACAAAACAGCACUUGGAGAUCAUGGCUUGGUGCAUUAGACAUCAAUUUUUGGAAAAUGUGAGAUUUAGAUUUUCUGAUUUUGCAUCAUGGAGUUCAUCUGUUCGUGAAAGGAAAUCUGCAGCAAUUUACCGAGCAUGGCCUGAUUCAGUUGCUGGUAUCUUGGGGUCUGGUGAACAAAGUACGUCUAGCCUCUUUAUUGAAGAUGCACUUUCAAACCUUGAGACGGAUGAAGGAUACGGUCAACAAGGUGAAGGGGAAUUAGCAAUUUCAUCAUUGCUGGCUAGUGUGGGAAAUUUAGUUUUUCAAUCCAAGUUACAGGGAUUGGCAGGAUGCUACCCUUUUGAAAGUCUCCGAGUUGCUGUCGACUUGCUCUUUCUACAAGGAAAUUCUAGUUUGGUGGUUGCCAAGCAAGCUAUUUUCUUAUAUUUUCUCUUUGAUCGGCACUGGACAAUCCCUGAAGAUAAGUGGAGAGACAUUGUUGAUGAUUUUGCCGUCACAUUUUGUAUAACCAGGCACUCAUUGCUGGAAUCUUUUGUCUUCUAUCUUUUGGAUGACCACACUGAUGAAGCUUUAGAGGAAGCAUGCCGUCUCCUUCCUGAAAUUGCAGGCCCACAUAUCCAUCCUAAGGUUGCACAGGCACUGUUAGAGAGACAGAAUCCUGAUGCAGCUCUAAUGGUACUGAGGUGGUCAGGGCGAGAUGGGGGAGCAACGUUAGUUUCAGUUGGCGAAGCUGUCACUGCUGUUCGGGUCCGGGUAGAGUGUGGACUUCUGACUGAGGCAUUCAUGUACCAGAGGAUGAUUUGUACGAAAGUCAAGGAUAAGAAACUGAAAGAUGCUUAUGAUGAAGCAAAUGAACAGCUUAACAAUUGGCUAAUGUGGUUGGAGAUUUUGGUCUCUGAGAUUUGCUGCCUUUGCAUUAAAAGGAACUUAGUGGAUCGAAUGAUUGAGUUGCCUUGGAAUGCCGACGAGGAGAGAUAUCUUCAUAAAUGCAUGUUUGAUGUAGCACAAAAUGACCCUACAUCAACCAUGGGAAGCCUUCUUGUGGUUUUCCAUCUACAGAGAUAUCGAUAUGUUGAAGCCUACCAAGUGCACUCUAAACUUCAGACUUUGGAGGAAGAUUUCAUCUCAAAGCAUCAGAAUGAAGAAAUGGCUUACAAAAUAAAAUUAUUGAAUCAUUGGAGGAAGACAUUGGUUGACCAAAGUGUUGAUUUGUUGCCGGAUGUCCUCCAGCAGCAACUAAAAGAUGGAAAGUUGCCUGAAGCUGGGGUGUUUAACGGCGACCAGAAUAUUCCACCAAAACCGAAACCUCCAACAGUGCCGGAACCAAUCUUAGGCAAUUUGUUGUUUAAACUUCCCCAGCAAUGGGAGACCAAUGGCUUUGUACAUCAUCAGCCUUAAUCAGAAUUGCAAACUUUGUCUAAUAUCGGUAUGCAAAUUCCUCUUGUAUUCUUUGCUCUUGUUACCGAGACUUUCGCGAAGAGACCAUGUCGACACUCUGACUGCAGUUUUGUAUGGGAUUUAACAUUUUGAAGAUGUUAAUCAUGUCUGCAACACUUGACAUUUCUGAUGUUACUAUAUUUUCUCUCUUUUUUA